CUUUCUUAAAAGAAAACGAGUCUCUAAAUUUAUGCUCAAAUGUACCGUUAAUCCGUGUAUUUACUAUUAAUAUUUUCAUACAACAAUAGUUGAAUCCCUCUUCCCACCAAACAUUAUUAGCAAAGAAUUAAUCAUGUAUAAAACCAAAAGUUUGAUUAAACUAAGCCACUCUUAUAUAAUUUGGGGUUCAAAUAAUUUGCUUAGUAUAAAACGGCCCUUUCUUUAAAGAACAUAUUCAAAACCAAAAACACAAAUUCAAUCACAAAUGCAAUCAAAACCCCACUUAGAAUCUACCACAAAACAGUCCUUUUUUAACUCCAAUAAAAUGAUUAUGAAUUUAGGCCGUCAAGGAAAAAUUCAAGAAUCUCGACAACUGUUCGACAAAAUGCCUCAAAGAGAUGUUGUUUCUUAUGCUUCAAUGAUAACUGUUUAUCUUAAACAUAAAAAUCUUCCUAAAGCUGAGAAAUUGUUUUAUUCCAUGCCUGAGAGAAACGUAGUGUCUAAUUCAGCUAUGGUUCAUGCUUACGCGAAAGCUGGGAGAGUCAAUGAGGCUCGAAGAAUCUUUGAUUUGAUGCCUGAUAGGAAUGUUUACGCGUGGACCAGUUUGAUUUCAGGGUAUUUUGAGAAUCGUAAUGUGGACGAGGCUCGAGAGUUGCUUCGACAAAUGCCUGAGAAAAAUGUAGUUACUUGGACUAUAGCAAUGGUGGGGUAUGCUCAAAACGGUUUGAUUAACGAGGCACGAAGAAUUUUCGAUCAGGUUCCUGAGAAAAAUGUCGUUGUUUGGACGGCUAUGAUAAGGGCUUACGUUGAAAAUCAUCAGAUCGAUCAAGCUCUUGAGCUCUUUGAUAAGAUGCCUGAACGUAAUUUAUAUUCUUGGAAUGUUAUGAUUCAAGGCUGUUUAAAUGAUAACAGGGUGGACAAAGCGUUGGAACUGUUUAAAGCGAUGCCAUGGAGAAAUGCGGUUUCUUGGACAACUAUCGUUACUGGUCUGGCGCGAAAUGGGAUGAUAGAAAUGGCAAGAGAGUACUUUGAUCAAAUGCCAAAUAGGGAUCCUGCUGCAUGGAAUGCGAUGAUAACAUCAUACGUUGAUGAAGGGUUAAUGAUCAAGGCGAAUGAAUUUUUUGAUUCGAUGCCUAAUAAAGAUCUUGUAAGUUGGAAUGUAAUGAUUGACGGGUAUGCAAAAAGUGGCGUUGAAGGCGAGUCCUUGAAGUGUUUCAUUCUCAUGCUUCGAUCGGGCUUAAGGCCGAAUCAGACUACUCUUACCAGUAUAGUGACCUCAUGUGGGGCCAUUCUCAAGUUAAUGCAAGCUCAUGUUCUUGUUUUACUGCUAGGAUUUGACCGAGACACGUCACUUAAUAACGCUCUCGUCACCAUGUACUCGAGAUGCGGAGAUAUAAACUCAUCGUUGGCCACUUUCGAGAAUCUGAAAGUAAAGGACGUUGUUUCGUGGACUGCUAUAAUACUGGCAUAUGCUAAUCAUGGUCUUGGUAACCGAGCAUUGCAAGCCUUCGCGCAGAUGCUAAGGUCCGGUAACAAGCCGGAUGAGAUCACUUUCGUUGGAAUCUUGUCAGCUUGUAGUCAUGCUGGUCUCGUUAAGAAAGGUCAAAAGUUUUUCGAGUCGAUGAGGUGUGCCUAUGGUUUAAAACCGAGGGCGGAGCAUUAUUGUUGCCUUGUUGACAUUUUAGGUCGUGGUAAGUUAGUUGACGAAGCUAUAAGGGUUGUGCAUCAGAUGCCUCCGGAGGAAUGUGACAGUGCUGUUCUAGGGGCUUUACUUGGCGCAUGCAAGCUGUACGGAGAUGUUGGAGUGGCAAACCAGAUCUGUGAUGAAAUACUAGAGCGUGAACCAAGUAGCUCGGGAGCUUAUGUACUGAUGGCAAAUGCUUAUGCUGCUUCUGGGAGAUGGGGUGAUUUUGCGCAAGUGAGAAAGAAAAUGAAGGAGAGGAAUGUGAAAAAGGUGCCCGGUUUUAGUGAAAUAGAAGUCAACGGAAAAAAUCACGUAUUUUUUGUUGGGGACAGGUCUCACCCUGAGAAAGAGGAGAUUUACACGCUUAUUAAAGAAAAUCUAUUGCCUCUAAUGCAAGAGAUGAUUUAGAGGAAUCAAAGAGAUGCAUCAAAAGUCUGGGAUUGAAGAAUUUUAUUUGAACCAUUUGCUUAUGAAAGUUCUGAAGCUCAGUGCGGAAAGGCAACCUGGUCAGUUUUAUUAACCUGAUAAAUGUACGGUGGGAUUAGAGUACAUCUAAUAUUGGAGACUCAGAUGUUAGUCUAGGUGAACCACGGUCGGUCACAUAUCUUGCUGAAUCUGCGUAGUGAGGCUUACUCUCCUAAAAAGGAAAAGAGUAAAAGAGACGAUAACAGAGAAAGAAGGGUACUCUUUCUGAUUAAUUGGAAAACCAGAUAAAGUUUCUGUUCUCUCAUAUGCUAUUCGUAAUGCUUGCAAAACCUCCUCUACUUUUAUUAGUUAACUUAGAAAGUGACUUAGCAACUGCACGGAACAAGUUUACAGGGGCCAGGAAAUACGCGAGAGGCAUUUAUGAUGUGGCCUUUUUCCCCUUUUGGACGUGAUUUCUCCACUCAUUGCAACUCCCACAUACUAUGAAUUCUUCCUGCAAACUAGAGCUAUUCGUAAUGCUUUUUGGCUUGAUUAUUCUAUCACUAGCUGGCCCCUUUUUUUAUUUGAGCUAUGGAUCUAGUUGUGCUCCAAUCAUGGUAAGCUACAUUUGUCAUGGUCUCUUGUUGAUAUCAGAUUAUGGCUAAAAUGAACCUUCUCAAAGGAGAGAUCGAGAAGCAGUUGUACGUUUAUUAUCGGGAAGAGCUAGCUGCUAAAUGCGCUCCCAAGAUACCUCCAUCAUGUGCACACUAUCUUGUGGAGGAAGAAGAUUAGCUUCUGAGUUGGGAGGCGAAUCUAGAAUUUGAAAUAAUGGGUUCGAGUUCCAAAUUCUACCACCGUCCCUGUUCUGAGUACAAGAAGGCUUCUAAUGCAAUGCUGCGAUAUGAUGGACACGAAGUCUUGAGGACCUACCAAUUGGGUAAUUAUGGAGCUGGAUUUUGUAAGGUGAAACAGAUAAUUAGUAGUGAAAUUGAUAUUAAGUGCUAUGAUAGCACAAGUUUUGUUUCUUUCUGUAUAGCUCUUGUUCAAUGUAUCACUUCUCUAUGGGCUAAAAUUGGCUCAUGUGUGUUAUUCAUUCAAUAGUUGAAGCUAUGAACACAUAAAUUUCUCUUUGUUGAUACUUGUAUAAUUGGACCCUAUGUAGGUUAAUGCAGACGUUAGGUUCUUGAGUAAUUAUAUAUCUCUGGCAUAUCUACAUUUGUUUAAGUUUACUAGUGAGUAUUUAUGAAGGUUUAAAAAAACCAACGAGGUUCAAUUUCGGCUAAAUGGUAGAACAGUAACUUACCAGCAUCCAUACACCAUUUAUCACUUAAUCAUGGUUAAACUACUAGUAAUUGGUUUGGUGUUAACUCGAUUGACAUACUUUUUUUCAGCUGAAGUUUCAUACUUGAGUAAGGUGAGAAAGAGUUGCUGUGAUAUUCUUUUUUUUUUAAUUUCCCCUAUUGAGUCUUCAGGCAACAAAAUGGGGCUUAUGAAAGAUUAAAAUACUCAACAAUAGGUGCUCCCACAUCGAAAGCUAACAAAACCAGAAAGGAGAGAAGUAGUAUAAAAGCGGCAGACGGUGGACAUAGAAAAUCAUACCUUUCUCGGCCUUUUGGCUAAGAUCAAGUGUAGUAUCUGUUCUUAUCAGUUUAAUAUCUGAUAUGUGAGCCAUUGGCUCACACGAUAUUAACUCAAUUUUUUUAGGGGGAGAGUCUGCCAAGGUAGCUUGCUACCUGGGCUCUCAAGUGUCGCCCAUGCGUUGCACUACUGCAUGGGCCUGGCGCACCCCAUCAAUCCAAGUUCAAUUUUGAAAUUUGAGUAGUUUGUACGUAUGUAUGUUUUUGUGAAUCCCAGUGCUGACCAAAUUUCU